GCGGCCCGGCAGGGAGCGCGGUGGGGAAGGGAGCCGCGCACGCCCGCCCGCCCGCCGCUGCGCCCCGGGGAGCAGCUCCGUCCCUGCCCCGCUCGCGCCGCGCUUCCUUCCUUCCAGCGGGGGCUGCGGCUGCUGGGGGGCCGGGGGCAGCCUGCACGGAGCGGGGGCGCAGGAGAUACAAAGGAGCGGCCGCUGCAGGGCGGGCAGGGGGAGAGGCAGACACCAGGGGGCAGCCUGCAGAAGGGAGCUGAGCCCCCCCUCCGGUGCCCUCAAUAAACCCUGGCGGCAGAGCCAGCGGGAGAACACCCGUCACCCUCCCCCCGCGUGGAGGUCAGCAACCUGGACACCGACUCGGGCACAGGUUCCCAGCUCCCUAGGAAAUCCUCUGGACGGUGAGGAGCUGAUUUGAAAGAAGAAGAAGAAGAAUACAAGGAUACAGCUGGGCCCUGUUUGCUUUUCCUGGUUUUUGUGUGUGUGAAGAUGCUAUCCUACAGCGUGCUGGACGCAAAUGUGGUGGAUGUGGAGAAAAGGAGAAACCCUUCUAAGCACUAUGUAUAUAUCAUAAAUGUAACAUGGUCUGACUCAACUUCCCAGAUCAUCUACCGGAGAUACAGCAAAUUCUUUGACCUGCAGAUGCAGCUUCUGGAUAAAUUCCCCAUUGAAGGAGGCCAGAAAGACCCCAAGCAGAGGAUCAUCCCCUUUCUACCAGGUAAAAUCCUGUUCCGGAGGAGUCAUAUUCGAGAUGUAGCUGUGAAGAGACUGAAGCCCAUUGAUGAAUAUUGCAGGGCACUUGUCAGGCUUCCUCCUCACAUUUCACAGUGUGAUGAAGUCUUUAGGUUCUUUGAGGCUCGACCAGAGGACAUCAACCCUCCGAAAGAUUGCUUCCUCCGGUCUUCAAUGGAGAUACUGGUCACAAUUUUAAUUUAUACGUAAACUACACGCAAAAAACAAUGUUAAAGAAUAGGAGUCAG